GCAAAAAGCAUCACUGGGUCACAUACUGCGUCUGUUUUAGGAGGCUAAAAGCCAAACCUUUCACAUCUCAGACAGGGUUUAAAAUUAGGCUUUUUAUCAAAAGUGAAUGGAAGGAUGGUAUGAUUUAGUCAAAAUGUACGGUAGGGUAGGAUAAGACCAUCUUGUGGUCUGAACUUUUUAUUCGCAUAGAAAGCCCAGUUUUAACAGCGGUGAGCAUUUUUGGAGAAAAAAAAUUAUUUGACGUCUUGGAAGAAACACACCCUAUAGUGCCAAAAAUCCAUCUCAGUUUGAGGCACAAGACUGAAAAUAGUAAGUAGGAGAAAACAACAACCAGAGGCCCUGCCGAGGUUGAUUCUAAGCUUUUAAUGUCACCGUUUGCUUUUUUUCCUUAAGCAUUUCCUGUUAAAAUUUCAAAUCAAAACAAAUUAUGUUGGUUCCCCGAAGCCUUUGGAAACAGAGUGGCAGAAGAAGCUGACAUCACGAGAAGCAAUCCAUAGAACCUGAGUCACAGAGUCAAAGAUCCGAGUGACAUGUUUCACCUUCACCACUUCUCCGCAAGCCUUCAUCGAGCGAACAGCUUUCUAGCCUCGCAGCUUGAAGAAAUCAAACCUGAAGAAUAUUUUAACGAGCAGGUUAGGAUAGAGAGGUGGACCAUGUCUGAACACGUCAGGCCGAGUUCAGUGAAGCCCAAAGAUUCCAGGAGCUCCGUCUCCUCCCAGGAACUCACCGAGGAAUGCGACCACGACAGGAACUAUAUAGAAAAGUUUGUUAGGGAGGAGCUCAGCCCCUCUCCUUGUUUGCUUCCUCUUCCUCCACAAAUCAUAGAAUCUCAUGAUUCUGAGAUCUGGAUGAGUUCAGGGAAUAAGGAGGAUUCAGAGAGCUCUGUCUCUGACAGCAGCACCCUAACCCUAGCAACGAAGAAGAAAGCGCCCAAAACUUGGGAGUUUGUAGAUGGCCUUCUUAGGGAGAACUUGAGGAGUGACAAAGAUUCAGAGAACUCUGUCUCUAGUAAGCAGUACAAGGAAGAAAUUAACUCGACCCGGCAAGAGGAGUUUGAAAACAAGAACUGGACUAACGGGGACAAUAUGGAAGACCUUCUUAGGAAGAAGCAGCUUCUCCCUCCUCCUCCAUUACUGACACCGUAUACUUCUUCUGCCUGGCUUGCUCCACCAGAGUCCCACACCAACACUGUACUGACUCAGGGUGGAGUUCAAGAGCACAUGUUCAGGCUUCCACCUCCAACAUUUACCCAUCGUGCUCCUCUUCACGCUCAUCCGCCUGUCAUCCGUGCUCCACCAGGGGUCACCGUCAACACCAACACUCCAUUCAGUCUGGGAGCACAGCAUGAUCACAUGUUCAGGCCUCCACCUCCAACAUUUACCCAUCACGCUCCUCCUUCUCCUCUUGUACUGCCAGACUUACAACAGAUGAUUAUCCGACCUCCUGCCCUGCCAGCAGGAGGCGCUGACAGUCAGAAACUGAAUCUGCACAGUUUAUCAGGAUGUUAUCUGCCUGAAAAUGUAUUGCUACAACCAGCUGGAGUCCUGAAUGGAGAAAUCUUAUACAAGGCUAUCCAGACUCCUCUGAAUGUCAACGUCUCAAAACGGGUCAGAGACAAGCAGGACGUUGGCCGACCGUACGUUAAAAAGCCACCAAACGCCUUCAUCCUUUUCCUGAAGGAGAUUAGACCAAAGGUGGUGUCUGAGCUCAAUAUCAGCAGAAGUGCUAUGGUGAAUAGAUUUGUGGGAGAAAUGUGGAACUGUUUGCCAGUCGAGGUGAAGGCCAAAUAUUUCGAGAAGGCCAGACUGGAACAAAAGCUCCACCAGCAGCAACACCCUGGUUGGUCCGCCAGUGAUAACUAUGGCAAGAAGAGGAAAGGGGUGAAAAAUAAGACAUCAGAGAGCAGCAGCAGCAGCAGUACAGCCUACACUCCAAGGCCAGUCCCAUUUCUCCACUUAAUCCCAGACUCCGCCUCAGAGUCGGCCCAACACCACCGAGGGCCCAAAGCAGAGACUGAUUGAAGACCCCGCUUCUAGUUAUGACAAUAAAAGUGUUUUGUUUUGCAUU